AUGUCGGUCUUCUCCUCUAGUAUCAAGCUAUUGGCCGAGAGGCAUUACUAUAAAACUAUUAUUGCUGGGCAUCUUUCCGGCAUGGGUGUCCCGGAAAGUGAAUGGUCAUAUAUUUUCCGACGAAUUUUCCGGGUAGUGGAUGUGGCCGUCCCCAAUGUCGUUAUUGAUGUGACCAUAUCGGACGUGACGACAAUCACAUAUGACAACUAUGCUAGGACAGCUGAAGAUAUGGUUGUAAGUGAAUCCCUGGAAAGAUAUAGGGCCAAGCUUAUUCCUGCAACUAAAUCAUCAAUUGAAGGUUUGGAGAAAGUGCGAGUUGAUAAUCUUGAAGGAGAAGAAGUAGAACAACAAUGUAGCAGACCCAAGAAAAGAAGUAGGCAGUCUUGUGUUAUAUGUCUGGAUCCCCUUGAUGCUGCUAGGACUACAGAAGAACAAGAUUCUUGUGCUGAGCAAGAAGUUACAAUUAAUCGCUUGCCCUGCUCGCAUCUUUAUCAUGGAGAAUGCAUUGUCAUGUGGCUUAAGAUCAACCACAUGUGUCCUAUGUGCCGAUACCCAAUGCCAACUGUGGAAGAGGCCAAACCCUUGCAAUCAAUAACCUAA